AGGGCGGGGAGGCCGGGGUGUGGAAAGUGUGGCGGCCCCGCCCCGUCUCUUGGAACUGCGGCGGCCGCCACAGCUGCCGCCGCCGCAGCUGUGGGGGACCCGCACCGGUGCGCAGGCAAAAGGCACUCUUUCCCGGCUGAAAGUUCCCUCAGAAAAGCAACCAUCUUCCCAGCCCACCAUGGCGGAUGAAAUUGAUUUCACUACUGGAGAUGCUGGGGCUUCCAGCACUUACCCUAUGCAGUGUUCGGCCCUGCGCAAAAACGGCUUCGUGGUGCUCAAAGGUCGACCAUGCAAAAUAGUGGAGAUGUCAACUUCCAAAACUGGAAAGCACGGUCAUGCCAAGGUUCACCUUGUUGGAAUUGAUAUUUUCACUGGCAAAAAGUAUGAGGAUAUUUGCCCUUCCACUCACAACAUGGAUGUUCCAAAUAUUAAGAGAAAUGAUUAUCAACUCAUAUGCAUUCAGGAUGGUUACCUUUCCCUGCUAACAGAAACUGGUGAAGUUCGUGAGGAUCUUAAGCUGCCAGAAGGUGAACUAGGCAAAGAAAUAGAAGGAAAAUAUAAUGCAGGCGAAGAUGUACAGGUGUCUGUCAUGUGUGCAAUGAGUGAAGAAUAUGCUGUAGCCAUAAAGCCCUGCAAAUAAAUGGAAACAUCAGGGAUGAGCAAACUGUUUAAGGUCUGGAUAAACUGCAGAUCUAAAGUUUGGUUCCAGUUGUCACCAAAGCUAUGGCUUCAUAAGCAACCUCAUUUCUUUUUUAAUUGUUUUGAAAUUGUGCUGAGUUAGUUUUGCAGGCAAUUAGUAAUUUUUAAAAAAUCAAUAUAUAAUUCUUUUUUUUUAAUUUUGUAGGUGUCUUUCCCAUAACAUUCCUGUGGUUUUCAGUAUGUGAGUCCAAGAAACAGAUAAGAUAGCUUCAGCAGAUGUGUCUGAGCAAAUUAUUCGUGAAGUUUAGGUAAAUGAUAAAUAAACCAGGGUUUUAAAUCAAGCAAUGUAGCAUCUAGUGGUAUUAAAGUACCACAUUUAAGGUGAAUUGUUCUGCAUUAAUUUUAAACUUAAUACCAUAGAAUAAGUAGAUUAUUGAUUGGAAUCAUCACAGUUUCAGCCUGGGUGUGGCAAGUACAGAUCCUUAAACAAAAAUCAUGUUAUUGGAAAGUAGCCGUGUACAGCUACCUGUAUUACCUCAGUCAUUCUGUUCUUUGCCAAAUUGCUGGUAGACUUAAUAUAACCUGUAUUAUGGUGAUUUUAGUACUGUUUGUGGUUGACAGAGGCAUUAAAUUGUUAUAUGACUGUUAGCAAGUUAUAAAGACAACGCAAAAGAUAGUGGCAUAGAGUGUUGGUUAAAGCUAUAGGUUUUUAUUUGAGGCCUUUGUAAUCAGCAUGAAAACAGGAAAUUGAAGUUUCUAUUUGUGUUUUUGCUUUUAAGUGUUUUUUUCUCUUUAUUUAAAGGAGUGACAUGCUUUAUAGGAUACUAUGCAGUACUUUUUAUUAAUUAUGUUGGAUAAAUGUUGGGAUUUGUAGUAGUCACUACUUUCCAACCAUUUUUAAGUAGACUUUUUUGAUAUCAAAAUAUUUGUUAGACAAAAGCUGGAAAUUUUUAUUUUAAAUUGAUUUGGAACAUUUGUUAAAUUUAUAUAUGUUUUUUCCAAAGUGAAAGUGAAUCAUGGAAGAAAAGUUAAUUUAUGUGGUAAUUAUUUAACUUUAAAAGUAUAUGUAAUUUAUCUGAUUGUCAUGUGACUUAAUUCAGUUACUAGCGUGAAAUAUAACUAAAAAAAAUUGUAUAAACUGAAUUAUUUUUAAAAGUGUUUUAGUUGAUUCUGCUACAUUUCUGUUUAGUCUUUUGGAUCAUAUAUCUCUCUUAUUUCCAGAGUUCUAGGCAUUGUCACAGGUGAAGACCUUUGACUCAAUAGCAAUCAUUACAGUGAAACUUAGAAGAAAAAAAAAUCACCAUUUCAGUAAUACUGUUAUGAGACCUCUCCCAUCAUGCUUUGACUUUUAAAAGGCCUUUGUACCUAUCAUCUAGAAGAAAAUAUGUAUGAUGCUAUAACUGGUCUAAUCAGUGACUGGAAAAAGCAUUAGGAACAGAAUAUCCCAAAGUUUUAGUACUUAAUUUUCUCACACGUAAAAAUCUUGUAUUGGCCUCAGCAAACUAUUUGGAAAAGAAGCAAGAUACUUAAUGAAAUGCAAGAGGAGUUCUAAAGCACAAGAAAUAUUGGGGUUGUAGUUAAUCGUUUUUAAUAUAACAUUUUAGCUUUUGCCCAUAUAAAGCACAGUUAGUAAUUAGGCUAAUUCUUUCCAGUAUUCCAUUUAAGUCUCUGCUACAUACUGCUCUAAUUUUUUAGCACUCUGUAAUAUGUAUCUUACUUGCAGCUGGUUGGCACUGUUAACCCACAGGAACUCCAGAACAUUAUCAGUCUCUGCUACUUCCUGGUCAUUCAUCUGACCCCAGUUAACCACACCAGUAUUCGGGUUUAGUACUAAUUCCAGAUUAGCAUGCCCUUGUUCUUCCUAAUUUUUCAAACUUCACAUAAAUAUAUUUUCGAUUGUGAGGUAAACAUACAUAAAUUGUAAUAAUGCAUCUCUAUCUUCAUGUCUUGAAUGGCAAAAAUAUUUAUGCAUAAAUAUUUCAUUUUAAGUACUAUAAUGAAGUGUAAAUACUCUUCUGACAUAUAAUUAUAAUAUAGAUUUUAAAUAUAUCGGAUUGUUUAUUUUCACAUAAGUCAAUACGUUUCUCUAUAACAAAAUAUUUCAUUUAGUAAAGCUUUAUAAAUUAUAUUAAAAGGAAGCAGGGAAACAUUUUUUAACAGAAGUGACUUGACUUCAUUCUUUUAUGACAUCAGAAAUGUUAAAAGUUGAUUCCCAGUAUUUGUUGUACUUUUUUGUAGCAAAUGUUAAAUAUCAGAGUUACCAUGUAUAGAAUGUAGAUUGUCAUGUUGAUUAUAUAGUGAUACACCUUUUUUGUCUGCAGGCAUUUCACCAAUUUAUAUACACUAUGAUAGUAACAAGUGGAAUAUUUGUUUCUUUCUAGGACAACAUAUUUUAUUGCUACUGUGAAAACUUUGUUAUACCUUAUUUGCUACAAAGUUGUAUAUCCUCUGAAAUAGGUCAAAUUAUUGCUACUUUGACUUAGCAUUUGCAUCAUAAACAUAAUUAUGAUGUUUUUGUCAUGCUCCCCUCCAAUAGCUGUCAGUCACUUGAAAUUGCUGUUAACCAAGCUCUUGAAUCCGUUUCCAUUUAUGGUAUAAAAUUCUGUACCAAUGCUUUUUAACAAUUACCAAAACACUCUUGCAGCCAGAGCAUGAUAUCUUUAAUAGAAGAUGCUGCAAUAAAAUGUUUAGGCUAUAAAAUUUGGGGAAACAAUUUUUCAUUAUAGCACAAUGUGAGUGUGUACAUGUGCACACAUAGCUUGCUUUCUUUGUUCUUUUUACAAAGUCCUUCCAACUCUUAAAAGUACUGUAGUCUAAUAGUGCCUCAAAUGUUGGAAAAACUUUUUCUUUUUUUAAUUUACAACUUUUCCAGAAUUUGUUUUGUACCUUAAAGUUUCUCAAUUAGAUUAUUUCUAGCUGAACUGUAAUUUGAAUGCAUUGUUCUCAGGGCUGUUUGUGCUAAGAGUUGAAGUUUCAUUGUUUUAAAGCUAACUGCCUGAAAGUCUAUUGCAAAAUUUUCUCAAAUUGUAAUACAACAGUACAUAUAAAUAAAAAUCCUUAAUAUCAACAUACUUAAACUAUAUGCUAAAUAUUCAAGAAAAAUUGGAACAUUGAUAACAUCUAUAGUGGAAUCUUACCAUAUUUUUUCCAUUAGGAGAGAAUUUGGUAGUCUUAGAACUUUAUCAUUAAUGAUAUACCUGAAAGCAUUCUUUUGGCAUGGACCCCAAAGACAGGUUUAGAGCUAGAUACUGAUUUAGGGACAACAGAAUGAAAAUUUAUAGUUCUUUUGGGGGGGUACAUAAAAAUGUUUAUAUAUUGAAUUCUGUAAUAUGAACUAGGGACAAAUUUUGCUAUGAGAAAAUAUGACUCUUAAGCAAUGUAUGUGCAAACUAUAAGCAUAUUUCCAUAAACAGUAUAUUAUAUUGAGAUGAUCAAUAGUUUUAAAUUUUCUGAUAUCAUCCAGGUAUAAUAUUUCAUAGUUUUCAAGCUUUUUUUUCUUCUAGAAUUCAGACGAGUAAUAGGCAACAAAGGCUUAAGAAAAAUUUACUGUGGAAAAUCUUAAAAUUGAGAAAAUUCAAUCUGUUAAAUUUAUUAAAUUUUUUUCUCAGAAUUGGAUAUAUGGCAUUAUUUGAUUUUGGUAGGAAGCAUUUGGAUUUAGCUUACAGAACACAGAUGUUCUGUGGGAACAUGGCCUGAAGUCCUAUAUAAUGUAAUGUUUUUUCAUUAAAUAAACUUCUGAACAUCAAACUUAA